AUGCUAGGACCACGUGUCGGCGCCGCACGCCAGGUCGCUCAAGCGAGCCUCGCCCGGCCCCAGCGGCGCUGGACGUCGAGCGCAAGGCAAGUGCCGGAUGUUACAUUGGCCAUCAUCAAGCCGACCGUAUGUGUAUAUGAGCCCAAUAUCCUCCAUGCCCUUCGGCGUCUGCGAGAGCAUCCCAGCCUGCAAAUCCUCCGCGCCAAGUCGUUCGCGUGGGAGGAGGAGGAUGCGGCGCAGUUCUACGCGGAGCACCUAGGCAAGUUUUACUACGACCGCCUUAUUCUCGGCAUGACGGCUGGCCGUGCGAUCGGCCUGGCCUUGAGCGGGCCCGGCGCCAUUACCGAGUGGCGCAAGUUAAUUGGGCCGACGAAAGCAUACCGCUCCGCAUGGGAGGCGCCUUCGUGCUUGCGUGCAGAGCUCGGUAUGGGAGAUACCCGGAAUGGAUUCCAUGGCUCGGACUCGGACGAGUCCGCCCUCCGCGAGCUGGGGCUUGUCUUUCCUGAAUGGGACGCACAUGGCUGGCUCGAAAAGGCACGCAUGUAG